AUGGGGAAGGUGGUGUUCAGGUGGCUGCUUGGGUUUGAUGGGUUUAAGGAGCGGUUGCUUGCGGAUGACCUGUUCUUGACUAAGGUUGCUAUAGAGUGUGGUGUUGGAAUAUUCACCAAGACUGCUGCAGAGUUGGAGCGGCGCCGCGAAAAUUUUACCAAAGAGCUGGAUUUUGUUUUUGCGGAUGUGGUGAUGGCCAUUAUAGCCGAUUUUAUGCUUGUUUGGCUUCCUGCUCCUACUGUUUCACUUCGACCUCCUCUUACUGUCAGUGCGGGGCGUCUUGCUAAGUUCUUCUAUGGGUGUCCUGAUAAUGCUUUUCAGGUAGCUUUGGCUGGAACAUCUUACUCACUCUUACAGAGAAUAGGUGCAAUAGUGAGAAAUGGAGCUAAACUAUUUGCAGUUGGGACUGGUGCAUCUCUGGUUGGUACGGGUGUAACAAAUGCAUUGAUUAAUGCACGAAAAGCUAUCGACAAAUCUUUCGCUGGUGAAGCAGAGGAUGUUCCCAUAUUAUCAACUAGUGUAGCCUAUGGAGUUUAUAUGGCAGUUUCUAGCAAUCUAAGGUACCAAGUUCUCGCUGGAGUAAUUGAACAACGAAUUCUAGAACCCUUGCUACACCAACACAAGAUUAUACUUAGUGCAAUUUGCUUUGCUGUUCGAACAGGCAACACAUUCUUGGGGUCCUUGAUGUGGGUUGAUUAUGCACGGUGGGUUGGAAUUCAAAAGAUACGAGAUUAGAGCUUAGGGUAGAUUACAUGGUUGUUGUAAGUAAUUUUAUUUUUGUGCAGAUAUUGAUUUUGUUUAUGGAAUUACAGUGCUGUAACCAAGGGGGCAUAUCUUAUUUGAUUGAGGAUGGAAUAAGAAUUCUGUAUAUGAAUA